CACACAUCGCCAAUCGUCUCGCCUCUCCCCUUCUUUUCCCCUCCUCACACUUCCGGCGGCAGCGCGGCGAGAGCUCGGACCUCGGAGAAAGAGAGAGAGAGAGAGAGCCAUGGCGACAACCGCGGCCCUCCCUUUCUCCUGCGCCGCCACCCUCCAGACCCUGACCCGCACCCUCUCCCCGCGCCGCUCCAUCCUCAUCCACCGCCACCGCCUCCGCUCUCUCGCCGCCUCCCCGCGGCUCCCGGACCGCCCCCGCGCCCGCCUAUGCCGCCCCGUCUCGGCGUCCGCCGCGCCCAACGGAUCCUCCUCCGCGGGGGAGUACGACUACGACCUCUUCACCAUCGGCGCCGGGAGCGGCGGCGUGCGGGCCUCGCGCUUCGCCUCCACCCUCUACGGCGCCCGCGCCGCCAUCUGCGAGAUGCCCUUCUCCACCAUCUCCGCGGACGACCUCGGGGGCCUCGGGGGAACAUGUGUGCUUCGCGGGUGUGUUCCAAAGAAACUGUUGGUGUAUGCAUCUAAGUUCUCUCAUGAGUUUGAAGAGUCUCAUGGCUUUGGGUGGACAUACGAUACUGAUCCAAAGCAUGACUGGAGCACUCUGAUAGCCAACAAAAAUACAGAGCUGCAACGCCUCGUCGGCAUUUACAAAAAUAUUUUGAAGAACGCAGGAGUUGAUCUAAUUGAAGGCCGUGGAAAGGUGGUCGAUGCACAUACUGUUAGUGUGGAUGGCAAGCUGUACACUGCCAAGAACAUACUUAUAGCUGUUGGUGGUCGACCAUCGAUGCCAGAUCUCCCAGGAAUAGAGCAUGUUAUAGAUUCUGAUGCUGCACUAGAUCUGCCGUCAAAACCUGAGAAAAUUGCAAUAGUGGGAGGUGGAUAUAUUGCCUUGGAGUUUGCUGGCAUUUUCAAUGGCUUAAAAAGUGACGUUCAUGUGUUUAUUCGGCAACCGAAAGUUUUAAGAGGGUUUGAUGAAGAGGUCAGAGAUUUCAUUGCUGAACAGAUGUCUUUGAGGGGUGUCACAUUUCAUACUGAACAUAGUCCUCAAGCUAUAACCAAAUCAAAUGAUGGUUUACUAUCUCUGAAGACAAACAAAGAAACUAUUGGUGGGUUUUCACAUGUAAUGUUUGCAACAGGUCGUAAACCGAAUACGAAGAACCUUGGACUAGAGGAGGUUGGUGUCAAAAUGGACAAAAAGGGGGCUAUAGUGGUCGAUGAGUAUUCUCGAACCUCAGUGGAUUCAAUUUGGGCUGUUGGAGAUGUUACUGAUAGGAUCAACUUGACUCCGGUUGCACUGAUGGAAGGUGGAGCAUUUGCGAAAACUGUAUUCGGUGAUGAACCUACCAAACCAGAGUACAGAGCUGUACCAGCUGCUGUUUUCUCCCAACCACCCAUUGGGCAAGUUGGCCUUACCGAGGAGCAGGCUAUUGAAGAGUAUGGAGAUGUUGAUGUCUACUUAUCAAACUUCAGACCUCUUAGAGCCACUCUUUCUGGAUUACCUGAUCGCGUACUAAUGAAGCUCAUUGUGUGUGCUACCACGAACAAAGUUGUAGGAGUGCAUAUGUGUGGUGAUGAUGCCCCUGAGAUAAUCCAGGGAAUUGCAAUUGGUGUUAAAGCUGGGUUGACAAAGCAAGAUUUUGAUGCCACUGUUGGCGUUCACCCGACAUCUGCAGAGGAAUUUGUCACUAUGAGGAGUCCAACUAGAAAAGUACGAAGAAAAACUGCAGCCGAGGCAGAGUCUAAGGAUGAGGUCGUCGCUCAGAAGUAGAUAAUGCCGUUGACCGCUGUACAUAGAAGUCAUUCUUGAGGACGAGUCCCUGCCACCACGCGAAACCUGACUGGAAAUACGCAGCUAGACUUGUGCACAGUUGCCCGAGAAAUCUGCCACAAUGAUUGUAUCAUAACGAUGAAUGUCCACCUCUGCUUUUUUGCCCCUCCCAUCUGCGCAUUUUCUUUGCUGCUUGAGGCUUGAGCACGCUGGUCGUUGAGUUUCUUUUCCCCAUCUGCUAUUCAUGUAAUAAAUGGUGUACAAUGUGGCUGUGGGUGGGUAGUAUCUCAACCUGGAAACGCCGCUCCGGAAUACUAGAAAACCAGUGAAGAGUACAAGUACUAGUGACGUGGACGUGGUUUUCCCCUUGAUUCGUUCACCUGUGCUGGCUUGUAUCAUGUGUUAUUACCAGCAAAUCUACCGUCACCAGUUAAAAA